AUGGGCCUACCAGGACCAUCUCCACGUUUUUUCUUUGGUAAUUCAAUUGAAUUAUUUACUCAUGAACGGCAUUCAGCUGCUUGCUUGGCAGAGUGGACCAAUAGAUUUGGCAAAAUCUAUGGUUAUUUUAUAGGUCAUACACCUAUUAUAUGUAUAUCUGAUCCAGAUUUACUUCAAGAGAUAUUUAUAACGAAAUUCAGUCAUUUUCAUUCAAGACGACCAUUACCAUUACAACAACAUGAUCUACGUCAUUUACUUGCAUCAAAAGAUGAUGAAUGGAGACGACAACGUUCAAUAAUUCAACCAACAUUUGGCAUCAAUAAACUAAAAGAAAUGCGAAUAAUAAUGAAUAAAUGUCUUAAUGAAUUAAUAGAACAAUUAGAUAAACAAAAUCCUGAUGUUGAAUUUGAUAUAUCGCAUUUACUUAAACGUACAUCAAUGAACAUUAUUUUAAAUUGUGCUUUUGGUAUUAAUCCAGCUAAACAUGAAAAUUUAAGUGAACCAUUUUUUCAACGAUGUGUCCAAGUAUUUGAAUUUAGUCUAUUUCAAACUAUUUUAACAAUAUGUUCAAUAUUAUUACCAGAAUUAAAUUUUCUAUGGGUUUCUUAUUUUAAAUAUACAAGUAUAAUUCGUCUAUGGUUACAUGAUCAUGUACCAUUUUUAAAUCGUUUUAUUGAUACAGAUCCAAAUACAUGGCUUCUGUUUCAUGUUGAAAAUAUAAUUAAACAACGUCAACUACACGGAAUAGAAAGAGUUGAUCUGUUACAAUCAAUGAUCGAAGCGACUACUAUUCUUCAAAAAACGUCUUCGUCAUCAUCAUUACCGAAGCAUUAUUUAAAUCAAGAUGAAUUAUCAAAUAAUAUCUAUUUAUUUAUGCUUGGUGGAUAUGAAACAACAGCAACAGCAUUAUCUUAUCUAUCAUUUAUAUUAGCAACACAUCAAAAUGAACAAGCAUAUUUGCAAGAUGAAAUUGAUCGUGUCGGCGAUGAUUAUGAUCAAUUAAUUAAACUUGAAUAUCUCGAUUGGUUUAUACGUGAAACAUUACGAUUAUAUCCUAUUGCACCAUUUAUUGUUAAUCGACAAUGUAACAAAGAAUGUCAAAUAGGUGAAUUAAAAAUCGAAGAAGGUACAAAUAUUACAGUUGAUAUGCAUAGUAUACAUUAUGAUGAACAAUUAUAUGGUCCAGUAAGUCCAUUGAAAUUUUAUCCUGAACGUUUCCGUGAAAAACGUCAUCCAUUAGCUUGGUUACCAUUUGGUGCAGGACCAAGAAAUUGUAUUGGAAUGCGUUUUGCAAUGUUAGAAAUCAAACUAGCAUUGGUACAAAUACUUCGUCGAUAUACAAUUUUAUCCGGUGAACAUACAUUAAGUAGAUUUGCUGAGCAUGAACGAUUUGUUAUUGCACCUAAAAAUGGUAUUUGGGUUCGUUUACAACGGCGAGACAGUCCUAUGUAG